AUGUUCGUCGCUGCCCUUUGGCCCGUUGCUCUCGGUGCCCUCGCAGUGCUAGCGACUGCUAAGCCGACGCGAACAUCCCCUCUUGCGAAACGCCAAGCACCAUCCGACAUUCGGUUCGUUACGACAGAUAAUGGAAGAUUCGUGGUUAAUGGGGCCCCAAUCAACUUUGUUGGGACCAAUGCCUACUGGCUUCAUACCCUGAACUCUGAGCAGGAUAUUGACUACACAUUGGGCAACAUCUCUGCUGCAGGUAUUAAGAUAGUCCGCACUUGGGCGUUUAAUGAAGUCACGUCUGUCCCUGAGACCGGGACAUGGUUCCAGUUAAUUAAAGACGACGGGACCGUUGAGAUCAACGAGGGACCCAAUGGCCUCCAAAAGCUGGACGCAGUCGUGAGGCUGGCUGAAAAGCAUAACAUCUACUUGCUUUUGGCCCUCACGAACAAUUGGAGCCCCGACCCGCUCUUCGACGACAUCACGAUUGGUGCAGGCCCUGUUCGCCGCUCGGAUAUCACCCCACCAGCGAACGGAAGUCUACCGAGAAACUUCCUCAGCAACGACUAUGGUGGAAUGGAUACCUAUGUACGACAGUUCGGAUUGGAUAAUCACGACGAAUUCUAUACGAACCCCAAAGUUAUCAACGCCUUCAAGAAUUUUACUGCUACGAUUGCUAAACGAUACACCAAUAGCCCGGCUGUCUUCGGCUGGGAGCUGGCGAACGACGCGCGCUGCAGCUCAACCGUUGGAGCUACCACUUGCAAUCCAAAGGUUAUUACCAAAUGGCAUUCGAAUAUCGCCCAACAUAUCAAGGAAGUAGACCCUAACCAUCUGGUUGCUUCUGGGAUUAUUCAAGACCGUCUCGCCGCCCGCAAGCGCAACAUGAAACGCAACAAGACCAAAGGAGGUGUCAAAAUCCGAGGCCGAUGGACUUCUAGUGACAUUUUGAACAUUCCCGAAAUCAGCUUCUCCUCUUUCCAACUAUUCCCCGACCAGAAUGAAUACGGCCAACCCGACCCGGAUUUGUCUGAUUUCGAGAACACCAUGCAGCGUGGUGUAGAAUGGAUCCAAUAUCACGCCGAAUCUGCCCUUGCUUUCGGCAAGCCUGCUACCCUAAAUGGAUUUGGUCUGGUCACCCAAGAGCAUGUUCCUAACUAUGUCCCGUUCAACAGCUCGGAAGCUCCUUAUGCUUCGGACAAGGAGCAACCGUAUGGAGUCACCAACGAACAGCGUGAUGAAGCCUUCUCCACCUGGUUGAAUGUUGGUUUCAGGAGCGGACUUUCCAGUAUGAUUCACUAUCAAUGGGGUCAAACCGGAUUGACUGUGCAGCCUGGAACCACGGUAUCACAGUCUGUCCCUGGAACUGGUCUUGUCGAGAACGAUGGUAUCACUGGCGUCUCUCCUAACGACGGUUACUCUUCCAAUGGUGUUGGACGAGAUUCUGUCAUUGAGGUUCUUCAAGAGAGUGUUCAAGAAUACGCAUCGGAUUCCACCCUUCGAUGA